AUGUCUGGUCAUGGUAAAGGAGGAAAGGGUCUUGGUAAAGGUGGUGCUAAAAGACAUCGUAAGGUUUUGCGAGAUAAUAUUCAAGGUAUUACAAAGCCCGCUAUUCAUCAUUUGGCUCACAGAGGUGGUGUCAAGCAUAUUUCAGGCCUUAUUUAUGAAGAGACCUGGAGUGUUUUGAAGGUGUUUUUGGAGAAUGUGAUCUGCAACGCUGUUACAUACACUGAGCACACUAAAAGGAAAACUGUUACAGCUAUGGAUGUGGUGUAUGCUCUAAAACGCCAGGGCAGGACUCUUUAUGAUUUUGUAUACUCUAAUACCUAUUGGUUCUCUCUACUUGCUCCUAAACAGUGGCAGUCACCCCCCCAAUACUUAGCUGAAUGCACUCCCACAGACUACAAUUCAAGCACUAUUUAA